GCAUAUUAACAUGUUGUCAUGUUCCCACUUGAGGUACCUUCGUUUUCAAUUACCAUAACACUUCACUCCUUUGCCAAUCACUACCGCCAAACGGCGCCACCGUUAUGAAUACCAUAUCCCUUUUCCAAUUUCCCCGGAUUGAUUCUCUCUCUUUCCCCUUAUUAGUUAUUUGACUUAUUUCCCGCUUACACCACCACUGAACCAUAUCUGAUUCUAUUCUAUCUUCAACAACAAAUUUUCUGAAUUCCAACAACCAUGGCCGCCACUUCUCUCUCUAUAAAUCCCUCUCUCUCCCCCAUCUUUCGUUCAUCGCCCUCCCCACCUUCUUCUUCAAAUUCCGGUAAAUUGCAACUCUUUCAGCCAAUUGGAGCGAAACCGAUUACUCUUUUCUGCAGGGGAGCGCGAUUGUGCUCUCUGCAGAGUCCAAGGACAUUCAAGAAUAGGAAAAGUGUGGUUCUUGGAGCUGGAAAAAUGAGCAUAUCAGAUCAAGAAUUGCGUGAGGAGGAAGGAGAAGAGGGUCCUCCUUCUGAGAACAAUUCAAGGCCUCGUCGAAUUGCUCUCUUUGUUGAGCCUUCUCCUUUUGCAUAUGUCUCUGGAUAUAAAAAUCGGUUCCAGAAUUUUAUUAAGCAUCUCCGUGAAAUGGGAGACGAGGUAUUGGUUGUGACAACACAUGAAGGAGUGCCCAAGGAAUUUUAUGGCGCUAAAAUAAUCGGAUCCCGGAGUUUCCCCUGCCCAUGGUAUCAGAAGGUACCUCUCUCCUUGGCUCUCAGUCCAAGAAUAAUUUCAGCGGUCGCCCGGUUCAAGCCUGACAUAAUACAUGCGUCGUCACCUGGCAUAAUGGUUUUCGGUGCUCUUAUCAUUGCAAAACUUCUCUCUGUUCCCAUUGUCAUGUCCUAUCAUACACAUGUACCAGUUUACAUUCCGAGAUAUACAUUUAGCUGGCUGGUGAAACCCAUGUGGUUGGUCAUAAAAUUUCUACAUAGAGCAGCUGAUCUCACUCUAGUUCCAUCGGUUGCCAUUGCGAGGGAUCUCCUAGCUGCUAGAGUAACAGCAGCUAACAAGAUUCGGCUUUGGAACAAGGGUGUUGAUUCUGACAGCUUCCAUCCUCGAUACCGCUCGCAUGAAAUGCGAUUAAGAUUGAGCAAUGGUGAACUGGAGAAACCCUUGAUAAUUCAUGUUGGACGGCUUGGAGUUGAGAAGAGUUUAGAUUUUCUCAAAAGGAUCAUGGAUAAGCUUCCUGAAGCACGAAUUGCUUUUAUUGGAGAUGGGCCUUACAGGGAGGAGCUGGAGAAAAUGUUUGAGGGUAUGCCUGUAGUAUUCACAGGAAUGUUGGGAGGCGAAGAACUCUCCCAAGCAUACGCUAGCGGAGAUGUUUUCGUUAUGCCUUCAGAGUCAGAGACACUUGGGCUUGUGGUUUUGGAGGCCAUGUCUUCGGGGAUUCCUGUGGUGGGAGCACGAGCCGGAGGAAUUCCGGACAUAAUCCCUACAGAUCAAGAGGGAAAAAUUGGCUAUCUCUACACUCCGGGCGAUCUUGAAGACUGCAUGAGCAAAUUGGAGCCCUUGUUGCUUAACAGAGAGUUGAGGGAAACCAUGGGAAAAGCUGCACGCCAAGAGAUGGAGAAGUAUGAUUGGAGGGCAGCUACUCGAAAGAUUCGCAACGAGCAGUACAGCGCUGCCAUUUGGUUCUGGCGCAAGAAGAGAGCUCAACUGUUGAGACCCAUUCAAUGGGCCACAAAACGCAUCUUCCCCUCUCCAGCAAUCAACUAUCGUUGAUGCAAAUGCUUCUUCCAAGCUUUAGGCUGUUUCCUUGCAAGCUUCCUAUUAUGGUUUUCAUAGAAGGCUUGUAUGAGAUAAGAUAUGUGAUUCGUUGAUUCUGUUAACAUUCAGUUUGCGAACAUAAAAUUGUCCAAUUAUAAAGUUGAUUAAGAUCA